AUGACUCCAUCUCAAGUGUUUUUGAACUCAUCAAGGAUACCCUCAGAUAUGAGAGACAUCACCUCUCGAUCUUGGAGCAUGCAGAUGUUGGCAGGCAUUGUGGAAGCCCCAGCAAACUACAGAUAUUUGCCUGAAACAGCUCCGACACUCACUCAGCUUAUCCUUCUGGUCCAUCGAAACUUUAUGCCAUCCUUGGAGAAACGAUCGGAUGAAGCAAUCAUCAAAGAGUUACCCGACACUACGGCGGUACGGUUUACAUACCUGCGAUUUCAACUUGCCAGGCACCGUUUUCAGGCAAACGGUCAGAACCGAAGGAUCACCAACUGGGAGAUGAUCGACCGCGACUUGGAAACCUUGAGGAGCAAGUCAUCUGGAUACCAGGUAGCUCAUACACAGCUCAUUGCCGAAAAAGAAAAAAGACUGUGGGGCCGCAGAAUCGGCGAAUUUCAAGCCUCGGACUUCGAGAUGCCAACAGUGACUGAAAUCAACAACCGCAUUGCGGAGUCGGCACGGAACGAUUAA